AAAGCUGCACCUCUCAGGACAAGGUCUGGAGCCACGGUUGGAGUUCAGACCCCCAGCACUAAAGAUGGGAGGGAUGCUGGUGGACAGCAAUGGGGUGGAGGCCACAGUGGUGGUGAAGAACCCAUGCAACUUCCCCACUGAGUCUCACUCACUGGAUUUUGAUGAGCAGUACCUUGAGGAGGAGAAGGGAGCUGAAGCAGCUGGCUCAAAAGCGUGAGGAGGAGGCAAAAGCCUUAGAGGAGGAAGAGAGGCGGAAGGAGGAAGAGAAGCGGAAGAAGGACAAGAAGGGUGUCUCUGUGGGGAAGCAACCUCCAAAACCAGAGAAGGGGAAAACCAAACCCCCAGAGAAGAAGGAAACCAAGGCUCCAGAGGGGAAGGAAACCAAGGCUCCAGAGAGGAAGGAAACCAUGAUCCCAGAGAAGAAAAACAAACCUCCAGAAAAGAAGGAAACCAAACCCCCAGAGAAGAAGGAGACGAAAAUCCUAAAGAAGGCAACCGAACCCCCAGAGAAGAAAAACAAACCUCCAGAAAAGGAAACUAAAUCCCCAGAGAGAAAGGCAACCAAAAUCCCAGAGAAGGAAACCAAAGCUCCAAAGAAGGGGGAAGCAAAAGCCCCAGAGAAGGGGGAACCCAAAACCUCAAAGAAGGAUGAAACCAAAGCCCCAGAGAAGGGGGGAACCAAAGCCCAAAAGAAGGGGAGAACCAAAGCCCCAAAGAAGGGAGAAACUGAAAUCCCAGAGGACGCAGCUGAGAUGGAGAACUUGAUCCAGAGGUUUCAGAUCUAUGAGUCAUUGCAGCAGAAUUUCUCCUACUGGAACAGAGUUCAGGGUACUGUGCAGAUACCUGUGAUCCAGAAGGGAAACAAGUUCCAGCAUGCAGCUGGAAACCAAGGUCAGAAGACCAAUAAGCCUCAGGAGAAGGUGAAGAAGAAACCUGAACAAAAAUGUAGAGACCAAAGCAAUCUUUAGUCAUCUCAGCUGGAGAUGCAAAGCAAAGUUACAGAGGGGACAGUCAGAUGAUGAUGUUCCACAAUGACUGGGUAUCAUCUGUGCUGAUGGGGAGGUUACCCCUUCUUGGGACUCAGUUUUUUCAGGCAGGGAAAGAUUAUUCUUUAAUCACUCAACUCAGUUUCUACAGUUUCAGACCUCGUGUGCAACUUUAAUUAGUUAAUAGAUUUCUUUCUAAUUACGCUAUUGGUUAAUAAAAUAUAUUUUACUUGUGCAUCAAA